AUGCGGGUAGAUGGGAACAGGGUGGCGGCGCCAGUGGAUGGGGCACCGGCGGCGGCGGAGAUAGCCGUGGAAGGGGAUGAGGCGGAGGUGGAAGCGGAGGAGGAGGAGGAGGAGGACGACGACGACGACAAGGAGGAGGAGGAGGAGGAGAAGUGGCUAGGACAAUACUCCUCUACGCAGAGCAUACUGCUCGUCGGCGACGGGGACUUCUCGUUCUCGCUGGCGCUGGCCACAGGGUUUGGCUCCGGGGCCAACCUCGUCGCCACGUCGCUCGACACCUACGCUUGUGCAUUGGAUACGGGAACACAUGGGGCUGAUUCGACGAUUCGGAUGUGGCAUUGGUUAUAUGUGUAUUUGAUGCAUUUGCUCCAUUGA